UGUUAGCUCUGUGAAGAUAGCGGACGAGCGGUCGAAAAAAUUACCGAUGUGUUUAUAAAAAAUCGCAGCAUAAUUGUUCAGGAACGUGCUAUUGUGGAGUUUCUAAGGUCCAUAUUUAGGAGACGAAAAUGAUCCGCUUUAUCCUCAUUCAGAAUCGAGCAGGGAAAACACGACUGGCCAAAUGGUACAUGCAGUUUGAUGACGAUGAGAAACAGAAGUUGAUUGAGGAAGUGCAUGCUGUGGUAACUGUCAGGGAUGCCAAACACACCAACUUUGUGGAGUUCAGAAACUUCAAGAUCAUUUACAGGCGUUAUGCUGGUCUGUACUUCUGUAUUUGUGUGGACGUCACUGAUAACAACUUGGCAUACCUCGAGGGAAUCCACAAUUUUGUAGAGGUGCUGAAUGAGUAUUUUCACAACGUGUGCGAAUUGGACCUUGUCUUCAACUUCUACAAGGUGUACACGGUGGUGGAUGAGAUGUUCCUAGCAGGGGAGAUCAGGGAGACCAGUCAGACCAAGGUCCUCAAGCAGCUACUCAUGCUCCAGUCGCUCGAGUAGAAACCAGACAACCAUCUGUCCUACCUGCCCAAUAAUCUGCUGCCCUGGCGCCUAAACCAACCUGCUCCUUGUUCCUGUCACUCUGGAAAGGAACCCCCCCCAGCUUUUUCCUGCCUCCACAGAGCCAACACUUACAGAACUUCAGGAGGGGGGUGUUUAGAAAUAGAAUAUUGUUUACAUAUGGAUAUAUAAUAUAGAGGCUCAAUUCAUCUCUUUGUCAUAGCAGUCUAUAUGUUGCAGUAUUCUGUAGCUGUUGUACUGCUAAUGAAGUCACCCAGUAUAAAGGCUGUACAUUUCAACAUGUUGACAUUUCAUACACCACCUGAGUUAUAGUCAUAUUUGUAUUGUGUUCCCUAUCCCCAAAGCCAGAGGCUGCAGAAAUGCGUAAUUUCAUGUAGGUAGUCAUUGCAUUUAUCUCCAUGGAGCGUGGAAACACUGAUGUAGAACCACCAGUGUUGCACUGCUCUCUCCUGCCCUCCUCCUUCUUUCCUAUUCAUUAAACCUCAACAUUCAUUUAAUGGCACUACUGUAACUAACAAGCACCAUAUAUAAAGAGAGACCUCCUAUAAUGAUUCAAUGUGCACUGAGAAAUAAAAACAGCCUUGCAGCCGUUUCUACGAACUCACGUAAGGAAAGACCUUGCAAGUUUUGUGGUAUUGGACUCACCAUGGCUACGCUGCAUUUUAUGUCUGGAUCAUAGUACAAGCAAACUACAACUAGAAAGCCCUUUAGAGCAAUUGACCCAGCACGGCAAGUUCAUAAUUGAAUGGAGUGUACUUAGGAUGAGAGCCAUUUUGACGGUGUGUUAUGGUAACCUGUGCUGUGCCAGACAUCCUCACAGCUGAUGAUGAUAAAUGGUGUAGGUUAUGUUAGCUCAGAUGGCUUCUAUAAUCAUUUUAUAAAAAAAACAAAAAAACAACUAUAUUAUAUGGUGCUUGUUGGUCACACAUUAAACACUUAAAACACAAAUGCACUCAGACAGAAGAAGACCUGGACAUAAAAAGUAUAUUUUACAUAAAGCAGUACUGUGAAGUUUGCUUUGUGUACAUAGUGUGUAACUUGCGUGUGUUGAAUAUUGUGAAAUGAACACAAUCAUUCCAGAAAAAGUGGUUCUUGCUCACUAUAUGGUCUGAGCAGUAUUUACAUGUUUAAGAUCAAUAAAUUCCUCUAGCAUUGCAUAAAAUAACUUUUUUUAGAUUCCUCUCACAAGCCUCAUGAAUUCUGACAAUGAAACACACUUUUAUUAAUUUCCAUUUGCUGGACUUAAAUGUUAAUGAAAUUACGUACUCUAACAAUAUCCAGUCAUGAAGGUGGUUUCAAAUGUUACUGUUGUUGAACGUUUGUAUUUUUUUUUUUUUUUAAUGAUUAAGUAAUAGUGAAAUAUGUACUGCUUCCCUUCUACACUUUUGUGAGUUUGUUGUUGGAAGGCGUGUGUAUGUAUUACUGUCUCCAGUUCAACUACCCACAUCAAUAUGUCCCAUUAUAUGUAAAUAAUAAACAGAUGAAGUGAUACAUGAA